GUGAAACUAGGACAAACUAUCAAGUAUGAAAUUCCACCGAAAUCGUUUUGGACUACGAGAUUAUCGAAGGAUAAAGACGGAUAUUUAAAACUGAACUUUACCCUGUCAGACUCGGCUGUGCUGGGUGUUUACGGAAGACGUAGUGUGUCUCCUUCUCAUGCCCAGUUUGAUUUCUUUAAAGUGUUUGAUGGAAAAAGGAUUCAGGGUCGACAGAAAAGAUCUCUUAGUGAUACUGGAAUGGUUGAAUAUCUGAAGGCGGGAACCUGGUAUUUAGCUGUAUAUAAUGAUAAUAAUCGUAAAGAAAGUGUCUCGUUUAUGGCAGACGUAACUGAAAUUCAAACAGGCUGUCCUGGAAAUUGCCACGGCCAUGGAGAAUGUAUCAAAGGACAAUGUCGAUGUUUUAACGGCUACACUAAAGACGAUUGCUCUCAGGAAACCUGCCCAGUUGUGUGCCAAGGAAAUGGGAUCUAUGAACGAGGAGAGUGCAAGUGUCACCCUGGGUGGAAGGGACAGGAGUGUGAUUUGAAGGAAAACGAAUGUGAGGUCCCGAACUGUAACGAUAAUGGACAUUGUAUCAAUGGACAAUGCGUCUGCUUCACUGGAUUUCAGGGUCCAGAUUGUGGAAUCGUCGACUGCGUCUUGCCCAACUGUUCUGGAAACGGCGUCUGCAUUCUUGGAGAAUGCGUCUGCUUUCGAGGAUAUAAGGGCCGAGUGUGUAGUCAAGACGAUAAGAUUAACAUAACGCAAGUGUGUGCUCAAGAUUGCUCAGGUCAUGGUGUCUUCGACGUGGAAGCAGGUUCCUGCAUCUGUGAUAGACAUUUCACCGGCGCUGACUGUCAGACAGAAGUGUGUCGAUUGGAAUGUUAUAAAGGAGAGUGUAAAAACCAGCAAUGUAUCUGUGAGGCAGGGUGGGCUGGCGCUCUCUGUGACCAGGUGGAAUGCGAUUAUCGAUGUAAAUCUCAUGGUUUCUGUAACAAUGGUACCUGCGUCUGUAAAAAAGGGUGGAAUGGAAGACAUUGCACUAUGGAUGGAUGUCCGUCUGAUUGUGGUAACCAUGGAGAUUGUCGUCAUGAAGCUGAUGGUUGGAAGUGUAACUGUAGAGACGGGUGGAAAGGUCCUGAUUGUCAUAUCGCUAAGGAAGAUAAAUGUAGCGACACCUAUGAUAAUGAUAAAGAUGGAUUAUUGGACUGUUUGGAUCCAGAUUGUUGUUCUAACGCUGCCUGUCGUACCAGUAAAUACUGUGAAACAUCUCCGGAACCCAUGGAUAUAUUACUCACCAAGCAAUCUCCGAGUACCACAGCGUCGUUCUACGAGAAGAUGAGGUUCCUGGUAGAAGAGAACAGUGUUCAGACCUACGCCAUGAAAAAUUCUUUUAAUGAAACGCAAGUGUCAGUUAUUCGUGGUCGAGUAACAACUAAAGAUGGUACACCGUUAAUAAGUGUCCGAGUUGGCGUGGUUACACAGCCUCUAUAUGGAUAUACACUCACUAGAGAUGAGGGCGUAUUUGAUAUUUUGGUCAAUGGUGGUGGUUCAGUAAAACUGGAAUUUAUUCGUCAACCCUUUGCUACUAAAACAGCCAGUGUUUUGGUACCAUGGAAUCAGAUCAUCACCAUGGAUACAGUUGUCAUGACGUUACGAAAUGAACCUGAAUCGAUGGCCGAUCCUGCGCUGUGCAGCGUAGAACAUAAGCACUACCUUCUAAGACCUGUAGUACUGUCGACAUGGCAACACACACAGCUUGGCGCCUGUCCUGAAAGAAGUACCAUUAUUCCAGAGUCACAGGUCCUUCAAGAAAGUCUGCCCAUCUCGGGAACAGACGUCCAUCUUGUCUACCACAGUAGUGAGUCCCCAGGGUACAUGUCCUUGAUUCUCAUCCAGAUGACCCCAGCCACCAUCCCCAAACUUCUGUCAUUGGUCCACCUGAAGGUGUCUGUAGAUGGGGUAGUGACGGAGAAAGUUUUCGAAGCCGACCCCAACUUGAAAUAUACCUACUCUUGGAAUCGUAAAAAUGUUUUUAAUCAGAAAGUUUAUGGUAUUGUUACUGCUAGAGUAAAUGUUGGCUAUCAGUACCAAGGCUGUGAAUAUAUAUUCUGGGAAACACGAUCUACAACACUCAAUGGUUUUGAUCUGACAUCAUCAGAAAUUGGAGGCUGGAAUCUUGAUAUUCAUCAUACAUACAACUUUCAGGAAGGUAUCUUACAUAAAGGUGAUGGUACUAAUAUCUAUCUGAAAGAAAAACCGAAGAAGAUAAUAAACAUCCUGGGUACCGGGGAGAGAAGACAGUUAGAUUGUAAUGGUUGUAAUGGCAAGGCGAGAGAUAAUAAACUCCUGGCUCCUGUAGCUCUAGCUAGUGGUCUAGAUGGCAGUCUGUAUGUAGGAGAUUAUAAUUUUAUACGGAAACUAUCGCCAGAGAGAGAAGAAAUUGCCAGUAUUCUACAAAUGAGCACCAAAAAUGUUCCAUAUACGUUCUACAUGACGGUCAGCCCAGUUGAUGGAAAAUUAUAUAUCUCAGACUUCAUGUCCCAUAAAGUGAUCAGGGUGAAAACCAUGGGUCCAGUCCGAGAUUUGACAGAGAAUAUGGAAGUUGUGGCUGGUAAUGGAGAGGAAUGUACCCCAGGGGAGGCUGAUCUCUGUGGGGACGGGACUGUUGCUACGUUAGCCAGACUGAGGUAUCCUAAAGGUAUUGCUAUUAACAAAGAUGGCGUAAUCUAUAUAGCAGAUGGUCCGAAUAUCAGACGAAUCACGUCUGAUGGGGUUAUUAAUACUUUGAUUGGUACACAGGAACAGUUACGAAAAUGGACUCCAAUGCCUUGUGAUGAUAUUCUACCCGCUGAAAGCGUAAGCCUAAAAUGGCCGACAGCGUUGUCAAUAGAUCCCUUGGAUGACACACUCCACAUUCUAGACCAAGGAAUAGUACUGAAACUAACCAAGGAUUACAAGUUGGUGACUGUGGCUGGCCGACCUGUAUAUUGCCCUCCACGACAAAUCAGCUUCCUACCUGCUGGUGUGCUAACUGACGACGAACAAGCCUCUAAUGUAGCAGAUCAUGUGACUUUAGUGUCGCCAUCUACUAUUACUUUUGGUCCCCAUGGUGAUUUAUAUAUUGUUGAAAGUGAUACUCAUCAUAUCAACAGAGUUCGAAUUGUGACAACGGAUGGACGAAUUCAUCAUUUCGCGGGAACCAAAUCAAAAUGCGAUUGUCAAAAAGCAUGUAAAUGUUAUGAUGCCAAGGAAAGACUGGCUGCUCAAGCCUUGUUCAGUACACCGACUUCAGUCACUGUCACUCCAGACGGAAUUUUACACAUUGCAGAUUUGGGAAAUCAGAGAAUCUUUUCGAUCGUGUCUGAACUACCUCAACAAAAUAUUCAUCGUGAAUAUCAAGUUGUGUCCCCUGAAACGCAAGAAAUUUACAUAUUUAAUCGCUACGGGCAACACAAACAUACAAUCAACAUAAUGACAAGCCAGUUCAUGUAUAAUUUUACAUACAAUGUUAAUUCUUUUUACGGAAAAUUAACAAAAGUUGCGGACACAUCUGGAAAUAGUAUUGAAGUGAAGCGAAGAUAUGACACUCGCGUUGAGAAACUAGUGACACCUAGUGGUGAUAAAUGUGAUUUAUUAUUGGAUAACAUGAGACGCUUGUAUCGCUACACUGCUCCCGACAACACCACGGCAACCUUCACCUACAUGGCCAGUACUGGAUUACUCGAAUCGAAGCAUACGUCAUACGGAAAAGUUUUCAUGUACAAAUAUGAUGAUAAAGGACGUCUGCUUCAAAUCAGCCAACCAACAGGGGAAAUAACUCAGCUAACAACAGAUGUCAACACUACAGGUUCCAUUGUUCAUGUCACUACUGAUAGCAGUGAUGUGGUUGCCAUGGCUACAUAUGGAAGCAGCCAAUUUUUGAAAAUGAGUUCAACACAAACAAAAGUGACGUAUCUACCAGAUGGAGCUGUCAUAGUAUUGUUCCCUAGCAACCUAACUGUUGCCAUAGAAACUGGUGGACAUCCGAUAAUGGAAAACGAACAUAGAAUGCAUUUUAAACGAAAAGUGAUUGUACCCGAUGCGUACAUGCAUCGAAUGGAAUGGCGGUUCUAUCUUCGUCGGAAAGGACGCUCACGGCAUAGUAGAGUCAUUGAAAAAAUUGGACAACGAAUGCGGAUUAACGGUGAGAAUUUACUAACUGUGGAGUAUGAUCGAAAUCAACACAUGGAAACAGUGAUGGACAAAGAUCUUCGUGAAUUAUUGACGAUAAUUUACAACAAGGCUGGUCUACCAACUCAUUUCUUCCCAGCAACAGGUCACAACUCUAUGAACAUCACCUACUCGUCGCUAGGUGACAUCACAAAAUGGCAGUAUGGUGAGAUGGUCGAGGAGAGGAAAUAUAAUGCCAAGGGGUUGCUGAUUGAAAGAAUGUCCACCAAUGGUGCUCAGUUUAGAUAUUUUUACAGAUUUGGCGCCAAAAAGGUUUAUGUGAUCUUCCCGAGUGGAAAACAAUAUUUGUUUCAUCACGACACGGAGGGUAACUUACAACAAGUCACAACACCAGUCCUCGGCAAACAUCAGUUCCACACUGUCCUGUCUGUGGGAAUACAGAGACUGAAAUAUACCCCACCUGGUAAAACAUUGCCGUUUAUUCUAGAUUACGACACCAAUGGUAAACUGAUACGUGUCAUACAUCCUGGUGAUACCAAGAGAGUCUAUUAUCGCUAUAACAACCAUUUUCAAGUAUCAACCAUACUUUUUGAUGAAUCUGAAAUUUCCUACACCUAUAACUCAGAGGCUCAAAGAAAGGCUAGCAGUGAACUAAAAGCUAGAGGUUAUAGUUGUAAAUUAAGAUACGAAUACAUCAGCUCAUUGGUUAAAAGUUAUACUGUACAAUUUCCAUUGGAUCUUACCCUGCUGGAUAUGAACUUUACACUCAUUUAUGAUAACAACUUCCGAUUGGCUGAAAGCUUGGCGACAUUGUCCAAUAAUCUUUCAAUGAGAAACGUGAUCAGUUAUAGUAGCGUCACUGGGAAAUUGAACCGAAUCAAAGAUAUCAACAUCGAGUGGACGUCCAACGAACGAGAAAUCUUCUCCAAUAUCGAUUUCCGUAUAACUCGUGAGUACGACAAUUACGGACGACUUCAAGAUGUGAAAAUGGAAUUUGAUGGUAACGUUCGAUUCAUGCUUCAAAUCAACUAUGAUCAUAUGAAUCUAAUUCACCAAUGGCGACGAAGAAUUGGGCAGACAGAUUCAAUGGCAGUGGAAUAUAUUUACGAUAUUGAUAGCAACAUGGUAGAUGUUCUCGUUGAAGGAAAAUCGGCAUGGAAAUAUGGCUACGACGCUAACGGUAACAUCAAUAAAAUCACUGAUGACGGAAUAACCAAGGAGAUGGAAUUUGAUGUGGGAGAUAGAAUCACCCGAUUUGGAGAAAUGAGGUACAAAUUUGAUGAAGAUGGCUUCGUGGCUCAACGUGGUUUCGAACAUUUGUCCUUCAACUCUAGAGGUCAACUGGUGACCGUGUCAAAUACUCGAAAAUAUAAAUACUCGUAUUUCUACGACCCUCAAGGUCGUUUGUCCGUGCAGAGAGACAAAUACGGCAAAGUGAUGCAAUAUUUUUAUGCUAAUGUUCUAAGUCCUCAUCAAAUUACGCAUACCUACAACCACACGUCAGGGGAGAUGACUCAAUAUCUGUACGAUUCACAUGGAACGUUGAUCGCUCUGGAACGAAAGGGCAACACUUAUUAUAUCGCAACAGAUCCUAACGGCUCACCAUUGGUUAUAUUUGACAGUCGAGGCUAUGUGGUCAAACAGUGUAGCUAUGAUCCUUUAGGUCUGCAGGAGUCAGACACAAACCCUAAUUUCGAAUUGAGUUUUGGAUUCCAAGCGAUGUUAUAUAACUCAAUGACGAAUAUAGCAUUUAAAAAUCAGCGACCUUACGAUACUCUCAGUGGCCAUUGGUUAAGUCCAGAUUACGAGAACAUGUUUAAAAAACUGGACACCGCAAAUGCAGAAUUUGUCAGCAAAGAAAUCAAUAUGCAAAGCAGUAGAAAGCCGACAACAACGGUAGAUUACACGUAUCUCCAUGACUGGCUCAACGUUCUAGGAUUUGAUAUUUAUAGCUUGGCCCCGGAAGUAGAUUACACUGGUGACCUUCACCCUGACAACUGUCAACGAGAUCAUCAACUACUUCCUAGUUCAUCUGCUUUCGAGUGCACGUUUAAACGCGAUAUGAAAAAUUUACUGACCCUAACCACUGUACCUCGUUCAAAAAUUACUCCCCUGCAAUCUCUGGCAAAACAGAGGCCCUCGCCCUUCACUUCCAUAUUUGGAGAGGGCGUUACCGUUUCCAUCAUAAAUCAUAAAGUUCAUAUCAACAAAGCAGACAUAGCGACCGAAUUGUCGCGAAAAAUAGCGUCAGUGUUGUUAAACGGUUCUGAAGCCGUUGAUUUGCCUUUCACAAUACGUGGUAAGGAUGUGCACUAUUUUGUGAAAAAUUCCUACGCAGAUUCAGACAAUGAUUUGCGAACUUUGGGAAUUCACAGUAAUUUGGUCACCUUCGAAAAUGGGAUAAACAUUUCAGUGCAGCGAGGAGGUCAUGGCCACAGGUCAGCGUUCUCGCACGAAGUGGCAGAUGUGCGUAUCCAUGGAAACAAUAGUGUAAUUAAUAUACGCUACGGAACUACGAUAGACAAAGAGCGUAGUCGUAUUCUGUUUCACGCCAAAGAACGUGCUAUCAAGCAAUUGUGGAACAGUGAAAAAUAUUUAUUAAAAAAUAGUCUGCCCAGUCAUUAUAAGUGGACAGAGCAAGAAAUUCGCGAACUUGUGUCUGGGGGUCAAGUUCAAGGUUACGAGGGACAAUAUAUUCGUGACCCACAAAAUUAUCCGGAGUUAGCGGACGACAGUAAUAAUAUUCGCUUAAUACAAGAU